CGACACUUCGCAUGCACUUCCGGCCUUGUUGUGUUCCGCUUCCCGAAGAAUGUACAAGCUGGGGUACGCGUUCCCAGUGAGACUGUAACCGUGAGAAUAUUCAGCCCGCCGAAUUUUUGCAUCUCGGAAUCAGGCAGCUGCAGUCGCCUCUUAGGGGAGGUCCAUCGGAUUCACCGCUGCUCGGAGCGGUCCUUUCUUUUCCACUGGAGCGGAGAGAGCGCUGCCAUGACGGCCCCUGCUCAGCCCAAGAAAAUCGUGGCCCCUACGGUGUCCCAGAUCAACGCGGAGUUCGUGACCCAGUUAGCAUGUAAAUAUUGGGCACCCCAUAUCAAGAAAAAGUCACCCUUUGAUAUAAAGGUGAUUGAAGAUAUAUAUGAGAAAGAAAUUGUCAAAUCAAGGUUUGCCAUCAGAAAGAUAAUGCUCUUGGAAUUUAGCCAGUAUCUUGAAAAUUACCUCUGGAUGAAUUAUUCUCCAAAAGUGUCUAGCAAAGCCUAUUUAAUGUCAAUCUGCUGCAUGGUGAAUGAAAAAUUCAGAGAAAAUGUCCCUGCAUGGGAGACUUUUAAGAAGAAGCCAGAUCAUUUCCCAUUCUUUUUCAAGUGCAUCUUGAAAGCAGCAUUAGCUGAAACUGAUGGUGAAUUUUCACUCCACGAACAGACAGUCUUACUGCUUUUUCUUGACCACUGCUUCAAUAGUUUGGAAGUAGACUUGAUACGGAGUCAAGUACAGCAGCUUAUCUCUCUCCCAAUGUGGAUGGGCUUACAGCCUGCACGAUUGGAAUUAGAAUUAAAAAAGACACCUAAGCUAAGAAAAUUCUGGAACUUGAUUAAAAAGAAUGAUGAAAAGAUGGAUCCAGAAGCAAGAGAGCAAGCCUAUCAAGAAAGAAGAUUUCUUUCACAACUCAUCCAGAAGUUUAUCUCGGUGCUGAAAUCAGUCCCGCUUUCUGAUCCUGUCACUAUGGACAAAGUUCAUUACUGUGAAAGAUUUAUUGAACUUAUGAUUGAUCUAGAGGCCCUACUCCCCACGAGACGCUGGUUUAAUACCAUCCUGGAUGACUCCCACCUUUUGGUUCACUGUUACCUUUCCAAUCUUGUUCGUAGAGAAGAGGAUGGCCAUCUUUUUUCCCAGCUUUUGGACAUGCUUAAGUUCUAUACUGGUUUUGAGAUUAAUGACCAGACUGGAAACGCUCUGACAGAGAAUGAGAUGACAACUAUUCACUAUGAUAGAAUUACUUCUCUCCAGAGAGCUGCUUUUGCACAUUUCCCUGAGCUCUAUGAUUUUGCUCUCUCAAAUGUGGCAGAAGUAGAUACUCGGGAAUCCUUGGUCAAGUUUUUCGGACCUCUUAGUUCCAAUACCCUCCACCAGGUGGCAUCAUACCUCUGCUUGUUACCAACCCUUCCUAAAGCUGAAGACACGACUUUUGAUAAAGGAUUUCUUCUAGAAUUGUUGGUAUCUCGUCAUGAGCGUCGAAUUUCUCAGAUUCAGCAGUUGAACCAGAUGCCUUUGUAUCCAACUGAGAAGAUCAUAUGGGAUGAAAAUAUUGUCCCAACUGAAUACUAUUCUGGGGAAGGUUGUCUUGCUCUUCCCAAGUUGAAUUUGCAGUUUUUGACUCUUCAUGACUACCUUCUAAGGAACUUCAAUCUCUUCCGCCUAGAAUCAACGUAUGAAAUUAGGCAGGACAUCGAGGAUAGUGUCAGCAGAAUGAAGCCAUGGCAAUCAGAGUAUGGCGGUGUAGUGUUUGGUGGCUGGGCACGAAUGGCCCAACCCAUUGUGGCAUUCACAGUGGUUGAGGUUGCUAAACCCAACAUAGGUGAAAACUGGCCAACCCGAGUUCGUGCGGAUGUUACCAUCAAUCUGAAUGUCAGAGAUCACAUCAAAGAUGAAUGGGAAGGCCUUCGGAAGCAUGAUGUAUGCUUUUUAAUUACUGUGCGUCCCACAAAACCUUAUGGCACCAAGUUUGACCGAAGAAGACCUUUUAUUGAGCAGGUUGGCCUAGUUUACGUCAGAGGCUGUGAAAUCCAGGGCAUGCUAGAUGAUAAAGGGCGUGUCAUUGAAGACGGACCUGAACCCAGACCCAGUCUUAGAGGAGAAUCAAGGACUUUUAGAGUGUUUUUGGAUCCAAAUCAGUAUCAACAAGAUAUGACCAAUACUAUACAAAAUGGAGCAGAAGAUGUGUAUGAAACUUUCAAUGUAAUAAUGAGAAGAAAACCAAAGGAAAAUAACUUUAAGGCUGUGCUGGAGACGAUCCGGAACCUGAUGAACACUGACUGUGUGGUCCCUGACUGGCUGCACGACAUCAUUUUGGGUUACGGGGAUCCCAGUAGUGCACAUUAUUCCAAAAUGCCCAAUCAGAUUGCCACCCUUGAUUUCAAUGAUACAUUUCUCUCCAUUGAACAUUUAAAAACCAGCUUUCCUGGUCAUAAUGUUAAAGUAACUGUGGAUGACCCAGCUCUCCAGAUACCCCCCUUCAGGAUUACUUUUCCAGUAAGAAGUGGAAAGGGGAAGAAGAGGAAAGAUGUUGAUGGGGAAGAUGAAGACACGGAGGAGGCAAAAACUUUGAUUGUCGAACCUCAUGUUAUUCCUAAUAGAGGCCCUUAUCCUUACAACCAACCCAAACGGAAUACAAUUCAGUUCACUCAUACACAGAUAGAGGCCAUCCGUGCUGGAAUGCAGCCUGGGCUAACUAUGGUUGUGGGUCCACCAGGUACAGGAAAAACAGAUGUGGCAGUUCAAAUUAUAUCCAACAUCUACCACAAUUUCCCAGAGCAGAGGACUCUGAUUGUUACUCAUUCCAAUCAGGCCCUGAACCAGUUGUUUGAGAAAAUCAUGGCUUUAGACAUUGACGAGCGCCACCUCCUGCGUCUUGGUCAUGGAGAAGAAGAGCUGGAGACCGAGAAAGAUUUCAGCAGGUAUGGAAGAGUUAAUUAUGUCCUAGCUCGAAGAAUAGAACUUUUAGAAGAAGUCAAACGAUUGCAGAAGAGUCUCGGGGUUCCAGGAGAUGCUUCAUACACUUGUGAGACUGCGGGCUAUUUCUUCUUGUAUCAGGUAAUGUCUCGUUGGGAAGAGUAUAUCAGCAAAGUGAAAAAUAAAAGUAACACGAUGCCAGAUAUUACUGAAGUAUCCACUUUCUUCCCGUUUCAUGAGUACUUUGCAAAUGCCCCACAACCCAUUUUUAAAGGCCGAUCUUAUGAAGAAGACAUGGAAAUUGCUGAAGGAUGCUUCAGGCAUAUUAAGAAAAUCUUUACUCAGCUUGAGGAAUUCAGAGCCUCUGAACUGCUUCGAAGUGGACUAGACAGAUCUAAAUACCUUUUGGUGAAAGAAGCCAAAAUCAUUGCUAUGACCUGUACUCAUGCUGCCCUAAAACGACAUGAUUUAGUCAAAUUAGGUUUCAAGUAUGACAACAUUUUAAUGGAGGAAGCUGCUCAGAUUCUGGAGAUAGAAACUUUUAUACCCCUUCUUCUACAGAAUCCUCAGGAUGGUUUUAGCCGACUAAAACGUUGGAUUAUGAUUGGUGAUCAUCACCAGUUACCUCCAGUCAUUAAGAACAUGGCCUUUCAGAAGUAUUCAAACAUGGAGCAGUCCCUCUUCACUCGCUUUGUCAGGGUUGGAGUUCCUACUGUGGACCUCGAUGCCCAGGGGAGGGCCAGAGCAAGCUUGUGCAACCUCUACAACUGGCGAUACAAGAAUCUAGGAAACCUGCCCCAUGUGCAGCUCUUGCCGGAGUUUAGUACGGCCAAUGCUGGCUUGCUCUAUGACUUCCAGCUCAUUAAUGUUGAAGAUUUUCAGGGAGUUGGAGAAUCUGAGCCUAAUCCUUACUUUUAUCAGAAUCUUGGAGAGGCAGAAUACGUAGUGGCACUUUUUAUGUACAUGUGCUUACUUGGUUACCCUGCUGACAAGAUCAGCAUUCUGACAACGUAUAAUGGACAAAAACAUCUUAUUCGUGACAUCAUCAACAGACGAUGUGGAAGCAAUCCAUUGAUUGGAAGACCCAAUAAGGUGACAACUGUUGACAGAUUUCAAGGUCAACAGAACGACUACAUUCUUCUGUCUCUAGUACGAACCAGGGCAGUGGGCCAUCUGAGGGAUGUCCGUCGCUUAGUGGUCGCCAUGUCUCGAGCCAGACUUGGACUUUAUAUCUUCGCCAGAGUAUCCCUCUUCCAAAACUGUUUUGAACUAACUCCAGCUUUCAGCCAGCUCACAGCCCGCCCACUUCAUUUGCAUAUAAUUCCAACAGAACCUUUCCCAACCAGUAGAAAGAAUGGAGAGAGACCAUCCCAUGAAGUACAGAUAAUAAAGAAUAUGCCCCAGAUGGCAAACUUUGUAUAUAAUAUGUAUAUGCAUUUGAUACAGACCACACAUCAUUAUCAUCAGACUUUAUUACAGCUACCACCUGCUAUGGUAGAAGAAAGUGAGGAAGUUCAAAGUCAGGAAACAGAAUUGGAAACAGAAGAAGAGGCCAUGCCUGCUCAAGCUGACAUUGUACCUGAUAAAACAACAGAUGCCAGCUCCAGUCAGGAAACCUCAGCCUCUGAGACUGAAACCACCCCCAAUCAGACAGGAGCCAGCUCCAGCCCAGAGGCUACCCCUGCUGACUCUGAGAUCACUGGGACAGGACCAGUAACUGUACCAGCAGAGAAUAACACCACUCAUGAUGUCACAUCCACCCCCGGAGAAACCGAGUAGCCAAGCUGUAGCCCUUCUUAGAGAGGACAUUUCAUUAACAAAGUCGUAGGUAAAGUUACUUCUUGUAUUUUAUAUAUGCUUCUGCCAUUAUAAUGGCACUGGUUAAUAUUCAUUCCUUAUUUUUGUUAGCUGAUUGUCAAUGUUUGUCUUCUUGGAUAUAUUAAAAAAGAAUGUAUGUGUGUGAACAACUCCAAUUUUAUUUGUUCAAUCAGAAAAGUAAAUAACCAUUCCUUUGCUGUUUUGAUCAUUAACUAUGUCUGUAAUCAUACCCACAUUAAAAGAAUUUUGUAUGGAAUAAUAGUUCACAUUUUUAGUGAACGUCUCUAAAAAAAAAGGAUAAAAAUAUACUGGAAUUAACCAUAAAUGACCUUAAGCAAGUGUCCAAAUUGGGGAGGAAAUCAUUUCUUCUAUCAUAGUGUGAGAUGCUCAGGUCAUGUUUCUUUCUGUCCUUCAUUUCUUUGCUGUCUUCCUUGAUGGAAAGGCAUUAACACCGUAGGAUGUAGGUUACUCCAGUAACCUAUAGGACAUGCAUUUCCUUCCCCCAGAUCUCAGAAUGUGUUAGAAUCACCUAGAAAGUCUAUUUAUUCUUGAGGCUGCUCCAGAUCUAAUGAAUCAGAGUCUCAGGGUUAGAGUCCAGGAGCCUGCAUUUUUGUGUUUACAGGUGCUCCACCAUUAACAUUUGAAUUGCUGACUGAAUGGCAUUGGACUAGUCUGGUGAGGCUGAGCCAGAAUUCGUCAUUCAGCUCAGCAAGAAGAACCUGGCAAAUCCAUCUGGACAGAAGCCAAGGUCCACGGCCCAGACAGUGAAAAUCAGUGAACUUUAUUAACUCCUGUAUUCAUGAUGGAUUUCUCCCAACACAGAGGUUCUGAGUUUUCUGUCUUGUUUAGUUCUCUUGAUAGAUAACCAGCUACAAGGAGACCUCAAGGUAAAAUGUGCUUCAGAUUUGGGAAAGCCACUGUACUAGGACCUUGCUACUCACGUGUGGUUUUUAAAUCAGCAGCGUCAGUAUUGUACUGAAAUUUGUUAGAAAUGCAAAAGUUUGGGCUGUAGCCCAGGUCUACCAAAUCUCAGUCCACAUUACCACGAAGUCCUUUGGUGAUUCAUCUGCACUUUGUAGUUUGAGAAACACUGUACUGAGAUUACUGUGCUGUCCUCACAUGAGCCAGAGGGAGAAUGGUGAUUCUGUGAUGAUAGAAUUGACAGUGAGUGUGACUUAUGUUUUCUGACAAUGAACCUCUACUUACAAGGUCCCUGGGCAUGGUGACCAGAGAAGAGAUGAAUAUGUAUGUGUGGGGAAGGUGAAAUUGCCCACUGGUUCUCUUCCCCCACUUUCCACAUCACUGGAGUGACCAAGGGACACAUUUCCCCAAAGUUCUCCUCCAGUGCAUCUACCUUGAGGCCGGACCAUGUCCAACAAAGUUUAGAAAAAUUAAGCAGGAAUUGGCUCAGCACCAGUGAAAUGCUUCUCUGGUCUUGACAUUUCAAAGGAAUGAUGAAUUCGUCAGGAAAUUGAACCCCAAAUCAAGUCCCUGAUAUUUUUGAGUAACUAGUGUUUACUUAACUUUACCAGUCUAUGGUGGGUAUAAUUUAGACUCUCAUCUUGACGCUUCCCGCAGCAUCAACAAUUGUGUAAAGAUUGGAUGGGGAAGGGAAAAAUGAAAGUGAUAGGAUAACGAGGAGAGUGAAAUGCCAAGGAAACUAAACUCAGAAACCCACCUCUGUUUGUUAGCAGAGCCAGGAUGGCACCAAAUGGUCUGUUAUGUAAUUUCUCUGGGUAUAAGAAUUUGAAAGCAGGUGUUGUGGGCCUCACCUAGUAUGAGGACUGCUCUCAGAAUUAUUUUCAUUUGUGAAUAUAUAGUAUCAGGCUAAGCAAGAGGGAAAGCAGCUUUACCGUAUUACUGUCUCUCCUAGAAAAGAUUGAUUUUUCCCUCUAGUCUUUAGAGGAUAUGAAUCGUGGUACCUGAAACCAAAAUAAGCAAACUAUUGUGCUGUCUUUCCUUAAAUAAACCAUUUCCCUAAGACUGUAUAUCACUCUGUCUAACUCGGUGACUGAACUUUUUUAUCUGCCACCUGAUUUUUAUCAUUAAAAAGAAAAUUUUAACUGGAAGGUAAAUAAUUUCUUUGCCUUUGUCAAAUUAAGAAUGGGAUGAUGAAAGUGGGACUUGAAUUAUUUUAAAUUGUUUAUUCACUAGAAAGUCCAGUGAAUUGCAGUUGACUAUAAAAUUGUAGAAUUUUUAAAGGAACUUAAGAGAGCUUUUCUUAUUUUAAAUAAUGAGUAAACUGAAUCAAAGGUUCUUAACCAGGGUCACAACCAUAGGAGACUGGGUAGAAUCCAGUUUAUAGACUAGGGCAGUUUUUUGCUUUUUUUUUUUUUAAGUCAACCACACAUGAGUACUUGCUUCAUAAAUUUAAAAAUUUUCUAUUUAACUUGGAGUUACUACAGACACAGGUAUUCUCACCAGGUGACCAUUUCAGAUUAAUGUUCCCAUCGCUCUUCAUCCUGUGUUUCAUAUCUGAAUAUGUCAUAAUUCUGGAGUUUAUUUUUAAAAGCAAACCAAAAAGAAACAUGCCAAGAGAAACAGCAUGAAAUGAAGCAAUUCAAGUAUUUAGACUUUUUUCCACAAAAUGCUGAGUUAAGAAAGUUCAUUACCAGCAGUUGAAAAUAAAUACCAGCAGUUGAAAAUAAAUAGCUGUAUUGAUUUGGGCAAGUGAGUGGAAAGAUCUAAAUAUUAUCAGUUCCCUUGAAGUUAGUGUGAGGAUAAAAGAUAUUUUGCUAGAUACUGAGAGAAAUAGUACAAAUGGACCAUUUGUGCUCCUAUAAAAAAGGAAGUUUUUUAUGAUCAGGAGACAGCAUGAUAUUGUAAAACAGACUUUGGAUUCAUCCAGUGCCGACUUAAAUUUUACUUCGUUUGCUCAUCAGCAUUUGGUUUGACCUUGACGAGUAUUAUAACCUAAGUCCCAGUUUUGUUAUCUACAAAAUGGGGGAAAGAUCUAUUUGUUUGUUUGUUUGUUAAUAGGGUAAUUCUUACGAAAAUAUCUGCUGCUCAGUAAAUAGCAGUACUCAUCCCAACCCCGCCCUCCAUUUCCCUCCAAAUCUUUGAGACAGGAUAUUACCAAAUAAUUCUUUGACUUGAGCACUUAGCUAUGCCCCUAUCCAGGGAGCAGGGAGGAUGAUGAAGAAGGCCAAACAUGGUGGCAGUUGACAUUUGAGAUCAAGGAUCAAAUUUACUGAUUCAGAACCUCGAAAUCAGCCCAUAACAACACUGAAGAAGGUCUCUGCUGAAAUUAAAAUAUCUGGCAGAUGAAGACACUGGGUAUCAUUCUGCAUAGGAUGUACUGAUAACAUCAGUUCUGUAUCCUGUAUCCCCCACCCCAAGAUCAUCUAUAUUAUUGCCCUUAUCUAGCAUGAAUAUGCUUUUUCCUUUCCAUCUUGCAGUCACUCAUAUGGUGUUUUAGAGAUAUUUCUUCAAUUAAAAUAAGAUUAAACAGAUUGAAAGAAAAACUGACCCUUUUGCACACGCUAGAAGAGCUGUUAAAAACAGUGCUUUGCAUUCUGUGAAAAAUGCUGGGCAGUUAGCCUUUGUAAUUAUGAACCAGUCAUGUGAAUAGACGUUUAAGAAUGAUAACAACUGGAGCUGUGCUGAGCCAGUGAUGGAAAUGAGCAUGAGAGACUGUUUUUUCUUUUUCCAUUGCUACUCUUCAGUUCCCAAGAAAGGGUUCUAAUUCAGUAGUAUCCAAAAGCUUUGGACAUUCUUGUCUUCCUUCAUAGAGACAAACCCCAGCUCAGUCCUCUGGAACUUAGAAUGCAGCACAGUUACUGCACAGACUGACAGCUUUAUUGCUGGUUCUACCUUUUGGUUUCCAUUUAACUUUACUGCCUGCUUAAACUUUUGCACUUACAUAUAAAGAUAGCUAAUCCCAGUAUUUCUCAACAUAUGUUACAAAAACCAUUCAUCUGAGAGAAUACUUGGAAAAAAACAUGUUCCAUGGUCAAAUAAGUUUGAAGAACAUAAUUAAUUAUUAUUCCCCAUUUGUAGAAAUGUAAAACUUGGAUUGUUAGUUAACGAAAGGUUAUUUCCUGCUGGAAAAAAUCAAGUUAACUUUAUUUAAUCUAGCAUUUCUCAAACUUAUUUGACAUUGGAACGCUUUCUUCUUCAAAGUAAGGCAUUAUGGGGAACUGGUUCUGAGGUUUGAUAUUUUUACAUUAGCAAAUGAACUUUGAUUCCCCCUUAGAAAAUUAGGGGGAUAAGAAUAUACAAGCCCCAAAUAUGCUGCUUUGGCAAAAGGAAUAUUUUGAGCAGAAGGCACUUUGGAAGAUGCAGAUACAGGAAGUUUUCUCAGUCCUUUUGCUUCUGCCCGAAAGCAGGGCAUGAAUUUCCCUUUGUAAAGAUGUCCCCUCUCUCCUGAACUAGGAAGAAAACACCACUUAUUACUAUACACAGAGAUGAAGCUGAAAUGAGUCUGCAUAAACCUUACUAAAAUAACUCACCCUUAUCUUCCAUUAAUUUCCCCAUAUAUUUACUUUCCCACAAUUUAACACCCCUAAAAACCCGAACUCCUUUUUUUGCCUUAUUUACUUUUCCAUAACUUAUUAUCUUUUGUUAAAAUGGUAUAUAGGCUUAGAAGCCUAAUAGUCUAGGGGGAAUUUUUACUUCUUUUCUGUGCAACUCCAUGGAAGUAAAGUUAAAAACAUCAAUUAAAUUUAUAUGCCAUUUCUCCUAUCAAUUUCUUUUAUUAGCUUAAUUCAUAGGCCCCAGCUACAGACCUAAGGCGGCAGAGGAAAAGUUUUCUCUCCCCUACAAAAAUAAGACUUUAGUACAUUGUUUUUCCACAAGUAACCAGAGGCUCAAGUAACAGCAGAAGAAUCUAGAGAUGAAGUGAUUUGUACAAAAUGUCAUAGUGUAAUUCGUUGAGUGUCAUGUGGUAUUAAUAGCAACAUCCUGAAAAUGCAAAUGAGUAAAAGUUUGAUCAGUGUACCAUGACAUUUGUUCAUGUGAGCCUUCGAAGAAAAGGUCACUAAACAUUUUCUGUUUACAUUUUAAUUUUAGGCUCCAGGAUUUCACACCAACUUUUUCUCAAUUUUUUACUCCACAGUAAAAGAAGAGUCUGUAUUUCCAAUGUCUGUUGUUUUCUCAGUUCUCUAAAUGUUUGUUUUCUUUAAAAGUUUGUUUCAAAAAGGGAGAAGAUUUAACAUGGGCAAUGGGGGUGGACCAGAAACAAUAGAAGAAAAUUUAGACAAAUAUAAAACAUGAAAAAAAUUUCCUUUCAGAAAAAUGUAAGAGAGAAGACCCCAAAACUUACCUUGCAUCAGACAUGUUGAAUUCUCUCUUAGUUGAUCUCCAGAGAUGACUGCCCACUUCUCUCUUUCUCUCCGUCUUUGACUUACAUGGUACAUUCACCUGAGACCUCUUCUUACAGUAAAUCUAAGGGCAAGAACUUCAAUGGUAGCUGUUUCUCCUUGGGAGAUGCCUGGUUUAAUGUGAAUAGCUAUUUUGAGAAACUGAUUUUAUCGACCCUUUUUUAAAAAAAGUCAAGAGUUCUUGACAGAAGGUGGUCAUAUAAAAUACUAUCUCUUUCUUCUCCAGUCACUCAUUCAUUCUGAGGGGAGUUUUCUUCUGGUGCUCAGUUCAGUUGUUCACAGUAACUGUGGUUCUGUGUUACGGUAUUUUCAUGACCCCUCUGCUUCCAGUAGCACUUUCCAUUGCUGGGUUUCCUCUAAUCCCAGACUUCCCCAAGAAUAAUAGUGGAGCAAGAAUAGACGGAGUUAAUUUACAUUUUAUUUUGCUGGUUGACAGCUUUUCACAGAAGUGAAUUAAGUUAUACAUAAUAAACUGUUGGAAGAUAUCUUUGAAACUGUCUCAUUCUUGCGUAUUCCUAGACUGAGUCUCUACUGUGUGACCGGCAACAAUGCCAUAGCUCAUAGAUGAGGAACACCGAGACAUUGGCUGGUUUGCCUCGCACACGACGGUUCGUUUAACUGAGACAAGAACCACCAUCUGAUAUGCAGGCAGAUCCCUUACCUCACAGAUGAGUAAGGCAAACCUGCCAAAGAGUUCCUCUCGGGAAUUCCCUGGCGGUCCGGGGGUUAGGACUCCACAUUUUCACUGCCAAGGACCCGGAGUCCAAUGCCGGGUCAGGGAGCUGAGAUCCCAUAAGCUGUGCAGUGUGGCCAGAAAAGAAAAGAAUUCCUCCCAGGCUUAGAAUACCAAAGAGAAGACUAGGUUGCCAGAAUCAGGAUAGAAAAUAAGAGGUCUAUAAAAAAAGAUACCCUUUGAUGUUUACAGUGUUUAUACUUAAGGGUGAAAGCCAAAUUAAUAUUUGUUUUGGAUUGAAAAAAGUAAGAGAAACAUAUAAUGUGUAGGGACUAUAGUAAGUAAUGUUUAAUUGUCAAAAUGCUAGUUAAUUAUCCUAAAGCUAUUUUUUAUUUUUAAGCAAAGCCAAAAGAGGUUAAAUAGCAAUUUUGAAAGAAUGUAACAAAUGAUAAGGGAAAAGUUAGAAUGUACCAAGACCUGCACUUUCAGUUACUAUUAUAGGCAUACCUCAGAGAUACUGUGUGUGUGUUACAAACCACUACAGUAUAUUAAAUAUUACAAUAAAAUGAGUCACACAAUAUUUCAGUUCCCUAGUACAUAUAAAAGUUGUUUACACUAAAGUGUAGUCUAUUAAGUAUGCUAAAUAGCAUUAUGCCUAAAAAGAUGUACACACCUUCGUUUAAUACUACAAAAAAAAAAUCUCUAACCAUCAUCUUAACAUCUAGCGAGUCAUAAUCUUUUUGCAGUAAUAACAUGCAGGAUCACAGAUUACCAUAAUAAAUAUAACAAUAAUGAAAACAGUAUGAAAUAUUAUAACAAUUACUAAAAUGUAGCACAGAGACACAAAGUGAGCAAAUGCUGUUGGAAAAGUGACACUAAUGGAUGCCAGGUUGCCACAAACCUUCAAUUUGUUAAAAAGUAGGAUCCAUAAAAAUGUUGUAUCCUCGGUGCACUGUUCUAUGGCCUUUGUCACAAAUCAAAUAAUUGUGUAUAUGUGUGGGUCUGUUUCUGAAAGUUUCUUUGGUUUAUUUUUCUUUUCUUGUGCCAGCAUUUCACUGGUUUAAUUACUGCAGCUCUAUGUUAAAUCUUGACGUCUGGUUGGGUAUUCUCCCUUAGCUAUAUUCUUCAAGAUACUGGCCACUCUUUAGUAAUCUAUUUUAUAGAUAAUAUAUAUAUUUAUGUCGAUUCCAAUCUCCCAAUUGAAAAUCCAUAAAGAGGGGAUUACAUAUAUAUACAUAUAUAUAUGUGUGUAUAUAUAUAUAUGGCUGGUUCACUCAGCUGUACAA